CUUCUUCCCUCCAUGACGUAAGCUGUACAGAUCCCAGGCCAAGAACCUGAAAGUAGAACUGUACAAGAAAACGCCUACAUAUUUAAUCCUUGUAAUAAUCACUUCAUUUGUUGACAUAUUUUUCAUAUUACUGGACUCGUGCCUUUACCUGAAUAAAGAGCCAAGAUGGUUCUAGCAGAUUUGGGGAGAAAAAUUACUUCUGCAUUAAAGUCACUUAGCAAUGCAACAAUUAUCAACGAAGAGGUACUAAAUGGCAUGCUUAAAGAAAUAUGUGCAGCACUGCUGGAGGCUGAUGUUAAUAUUCGGCUUGUCAAACAGCUGAGAGAAAACGUAAGAUCAGUAAUUGACUUUGAUGAAAUGGCUGGAGGACUCAACAAACGUAGAAUGAUUCAGUCAGCAGUCUUCAAAGAACUAGUGAAAUUGAUUGAUCCAGGUGUGAAAGCAUGGCAGCCUACCAAGGGGCGCAAUAAUGUCAUCAUGUUUGUUGGUCUUCAAGGCAGUGGAAAAACUACAACAUGCACCAAGCUGGCUUACUAUUAUCAGCGUAAAGGAUGGAAAACAUGUCUCAUUUGUGCUGAUACCUUCAGAGCUGGAGCUUUUGAUCAGCUGAAACAAAAUGCAACAAAAGCCAGGAUCCCAUUCUAUGGAAGUUAUGUGGAGGCAGACCCAGCAGUGAUUGCCCAGGAGGGUGUGGAAAAAUUCAAAAAGGAAAACUUUGAGAUCAUCAUUGUUGACACAAGUGGUCGGCACAAACAAGAGGAUUCCCUCUUUGAAGAGAUGUUGCAAGUGGAACAGUCUAUUAGUCCUGAUAAUGUGAUUUUUGUUAUGGAUGCAACAAUUGGUCAGGCCUGUGAGUCACAGGCCAGAGCUUUCAAAGAGAAAGUAGAUGUGGCGUCAGUUAUCAUCACAAAGCUGGAUGGACAUGCAAAAGGUGGUGGAGCUCUGAGUGCUGUGGCGGCCACAAAAAGUCCAGUCAUCUUCAUUGGCACAGGAGAACAUAUAGAUGAUUUUGAACCAUUUAAAGUUCAACCUUUCGUGAGCAAACUUCUAGGCAUGGGUGACAUUGAAGGCUUGAUUGAUAAAGUGAAUGAACUGAAACUGGAUGACAACGAAGAACUGAUGAAGAAACUCAAACAUGGACAGUUCACUUUGAGAGAUAUGUAUGAGCAGUUCCAAAAUAUUAUGAAGAUGGGCCCGUUCAGCCAAAUCAUGGGCAUGAUCCCAGGCUUUAGUUCUGACUUCAUGACUAAAGGUACAGAGCAAGAAUCCAUGGCACGGCUUAAGAAGCUCAUGACCAUCAUGGACAGCAUGAAUGACCAAGAGCUAGACAGUUUAGAUGGAGAAAAACUGUUUUCAAGGAACCCUGGGCGGGUGCAGCGUGUUGCUCGUGGAGCAGGAGUGUCUGUGAGAGAAGUGAAUGAACUGCUGACACAGUACAAAAAGUUUGCCCAGAUGGUGAAAAAGAUGGGAGGCAUCAAGGGUCUUUUUAAGGGAGGAGACAUGAGCAAGAAUGUCAACCCUGCCCAGAUGAUGAAACUCAAUCAACAGAUGGCCAAGAUGAUGGAUCCACGAGUUCUACAGCAGAUGGGUGGCAUGCAAGGUCUUCAGGGUAUGAUGCGACAGUUCCAACAGGGUGCAGCUGGAAAAUUUGGCAACAUGUUCAACUUCACUGACAGAUAAAAGCAUAUGAUGCGGCCAAACUAUCAAGCAAAACAUUUCAUC